AUGCGAGCGACAUUCGCCUUUCGCCGUGGACUUGCGACGUUGGUAAGGAAGAACAUACGGCCGAUGGCAGUGCACGCGUUCCAGCCUAUAAGAGCUGCUUCCGUCACAGACAGCCGAGCUUGCAGCAUGCAGCAACGUUGCAACUCAAUCAGCAUGCUGCGAAGAAGCUUCUCCAGCGACGCCACGAUCAAGCCAACGAAGCCUAAGGUAGUCCAAGACCUGCCGACGCAGAAGUUUUGGGAGCAAAUCUUCGACAUCCUGGACCUCGACCAGAUUGCUGGCGAUGAUGGCGAGAGUCUCAAGGAACAGAUCACGAUCACCAAGUGGUACAAGACACCAAGGAGCGCUGUGAAGGCGGGAGAGAAGGUGUUCGAAGUAGAAGCUGCAAGCAUCAUGAUGGACUUCUGCGCUGAUCAUGCCGGGUUCUUGGGAGCUCACCUCGUAGAGGAGGGAGAGAUCUUGACCCGCGGCAAGAUAGCUGCGCAGAUCCUGGACGUGCCGGAGACAGUGGCUGACCUGUCGGACGAGGUCAUGCAGGACGAGCUGACCAAGGCGGAGGGGAGCGUCAAGACGUUCGAGGAAAGCAUCGAGAGGUUCACCAAGGAGAGGAGAUUGCUCAAGGAGGACCUUUCUCUUGCCUGCCGCCUCGCCGGGAAUCGAGAGGUUGAAUUUUCGCCGCUCUGCUUCGCCUCGCGGCUCCCUGGGAACCAGAACGUCGUAGUCGUCCCUCCCCCCAACGUCGACUACAAGGUCGUAGGCAGCUCCAACCUUGAUGAGUUCGAGCUGGGAAGGGAGGGAGCGUCUCCCAGCGAAGUCGAGAAGGCUCCUGCCCCUCUCUCAGCAGAUCGCAACCUGGUCGUGAAGGUCUUGAGGGAGCAUAGGAGCAUCAACACCGUCCUCCUCGCAAGGCCCUUCCAUGCUACCACUGUUCCGCAGCUCGACUCGAGCAUCAAGGCUGCGGUCACUCAGUCGGUAGAGUCUCGUGUCAACGCCACGAUCGCUGUCUCUCCCCUUCCUCUCCUUGCCGACGAUGACGAAUGGCAAAUGAGCUCCAGGGCCGUUCCCAGUGUCUCCGACGAGAUGUACGCGCUGCACUGGGCCCGCAGUAGGCGUGGGAACUAG